UUAGAAGAGUGUGUCAGAAAAGAGUGUGAUAGAAAGGUAGUUAGAGAGUGUUGGGAAAGUGUUUGUAUCAGGGAGGUGUCAAAAAAAGAUAGUAUCGUGGAAGAGGUUGUAACUUUUAGAGAAGGGUUUGCGGGUAAAUAG